AUACGGGAUGGGAUCGUAGGACUUUUGAGAGAGGAGAGUGGAGUAGAGGCUGGGUGGGUCAAUUUCCCCCUCACAUCCCAAAACCCUAGUUUGCACAAUUCGUUUAGUACUAGUAGAGGCAGGGUAGUAAACAAGAGGAAUCGAGGAAUUGAUGCAUCGUCCCUGAGAUCUGAGCAGAGCACCCGCACCUACCACCCAUAGUUUAGUUGGUCUGAAACUGAGGCGCGGGAAGGAGAGCAAUCAGGUGGUUUGACUUGGCAACUUUGUGCCGCGCUUCAAUUUGAAAUGGAAGGGAAUUCGGGGGGCGUAGGUGGAGGAGGAGGAGCAAUAGCAGGAGGUGGCGGUGGCGGUGGAGGUAAUGACGUGGAGCUGCUUUGUAAGACGCUGCAGGUUGAGCACAAGCUUUUCUACUUCGAUCUCAAAGAGAACCCUCGCGGUCGUUAUCUCAAAAUUUCUGAAAAGACUUCAGCCACCAGGUCCACUAUCAUCGUUCCCUUCUCCGGCAUCUCGUGGUUCCUCGAUCUCUUCAAUUACUAUGUCAAUUCGGACGAUCAGGAUGUCUCCAGCAAGGAACUGCAGCUCGACACAAAGGUCUUCUACUUUGACAUUGGCGAGAACCGCAGGGGCCGCUUCUUGAAGGUAUCCGAAGCUUCUGUUAGUAGAAAUCGAAGUACUAUCAUUGUUCCUGCAGGGAGCACCCGGGAUGAAGGGUGGGCAGCAUUUAGGAACAUUUUGGCUGAGAUCAAUGAAGCAUCAAGGCUUUUCAUACUGCCUAAUCAGCAGCAAAGUUCUGAAUCUUCAGAGCGACUUGUUGGGCUUUCAGACGAUGUAGGUGCUGGCUUCAUAUCUGGCCACAGUAGCCAAACUGUGCCAACUUCUGAACUGAAUAUUGACAGAUCCACAGAGUUGCCGGCACAAGAUGAAAUUGGUAACAUGGGGGUUUCUAAAGUGAUUAGAGCUGAUCAAAAGAGAUUCUUCUUUGAUCUUGGAAACAAUAACAGGGGACAUUUUCUAAGAAUAUCGGAGGUUGCAGGCUCUGAUAGGUCAUCCAUAAUUCUCCCACUGUCAGGGCUCAAACAGUUCCAUGAAAUAGUGGGUCAUUUUGUGGAGAUAACCAAAGAUCGAAUUGAAGGAAUGACAGGUGCAAAUGUUCGCACAGUGGAUCCUCCUCAGAGAUAAAUUUUACCCUGGGUUUGGUGAUUAAACAAAUAAUUACUCAAGAUUGCGUUAGAAGUACAAGUAGGUGUUUGGUUAGAGGUGGGAUGGCCGUUGUUAUUUUCUUAUCUUCCUCCUUUCUCUCAUUCAAAUCUGAAAUAAACCGAUUUCUGAUGGCUCAACUUUAGAAUUCGGAGGUGAUUGGGGAGCUUAAUUUAAAUAGGCAAUAAUAGAAAAACAGGCCCAGAUACUUGUAAGUUGUAACUUGAGUUUGAUAGUGUGUCAACCUUUCUACUGAAUAAUGAUCGUUCCAGGUGUGUUUAAUCUUUUUAUAACACCACUGUAUUCACCUUA